AUGUGGGAGGCUGUAGGAUGCUGUUUGAGACUGUUGGAGGCUGUGGGAGGCUGUAGGAUGCUGUUGGAGACUGUUGGAGGCUGUGGGAGGCUACGAAAUGAAUCCUAUGGCUCUAGACCAAACGAAACACCUCAAGCUAGUCCACAUAAAACACCUCAAGCUAGUCCACACGAAACACCUCAAACUAGACCACACGCAACACCUCAAGCUAGUCCACACGAAACACCUCAAGCUAGUCCACACGAAACAUCUCAAGCUAGUCCACACGAAACACCUCAAGCUAGUCCACACGAAACAUCUCAAGCUAGUCCACACGAAACAUCUCAAGCUAGUCCACACGAAACACCUCAAGCUAGUCCACACGAAACAUCUCAAGCUAGUCCACACGAAACACCUCAAGCUAGUCCACACGAAACAUCUCAAGCUAGUCCACACGAAACAUCUCAAGCUAGUCCACACGAAACAUCUCAAGCUAGUCCACACGAAACAUCUCAAGCUAGUCCACACGAAACAUCUCAAACUAGUCCACACGAAACACCUCACGCUACACCUCAUCAAACACCAUGUACCACACCAUCACGAAACACCUCGAGCCAUGCACACCACACAAGGACCUCGCGCCAACGAAACACAUCUCAAGCUAGACACACAAACUAUACAUGA